AUGGAUCUGGGGCGUUCAUUCAUGGUGUGGGAUUUAAAGCAACCUCAGUGGGAUGGAAGUAUACUAACAUUAAGAACUAGUCAAGUUAUCACCACUAAUAGUCUACUUUAAUAAUUACUCACAAAAGUAAUCGUUACUACUGGUAUUCCUUGUGUUGUUAUUAUAGUAGAUAUUGAUAAGAAAUGCCAACAUCAACUAGAGAAGAUGAAUGCUAUCAAUUAGAUUUACAUCAUCAUUAUGUAAAUGAUAACACUGUGUAUGAGAAGCCUCGACUGCAGAUCUCAUACGGUCCCUAUAAUUCUAGUUAUUGCCAAGAGCUUUAAGAUCAGCAGAUCUAAUAUUCAGGUCUUAAACAGACUGAUAGGAUUUGGAGACAAAUGUAGCAGAGAGACCUUUACAGAUGUCUAUAUCAAUGUCACAGUAGCAGAGUAGAAAUUAUCUAUUCAGUACUUCAAGUUCAUAAAACUCUUGAUAAUAGCUAGGUAGUUCUCAAGCCAGCAACUACUAUCUUUAAGUGCUAGAUCGGUGCUAAAAGAUAUGCACAACUACUUGGGCUAUGAACCUUGA